UCUCUGCUCAUUAUUUGAGGAUUUUGGUUUCUUGUAUUUGGUGUUUGGAUUUAUUGAAAUGCGCAUGCCAAUGAUCUUUAUCAGCAAGGCAUACAUUUUGUUUGAUAUAUUCACUAAUGAAUGGGCCUAGAUGUAGAUCAACACAAUUCAAUCACAUUGAAGAUAUGCUCUAGAUAAGUCUAGACAUUGUGAUAUUGAUACAAAGUCUAAAAGCUGUAGUCUAGGUGCAGACAAGCUGAUAUUCAAACUUUUAAUUCAUAAGUAUAUCAACUCACAGUAUGAAACUCAGGCCCUGUUGAAUUUCAUGAGUAAACCAACAAGAUUAAUUUACCAUAUUUGAUUUGAGAUUUGAGAAAAUAAUUGUUGGUUUAUUCAUUGCGCACGUAAGAAAAUAUAGCAAAGAAAAAACAAUUAUAAAUAGUGUUAAUUAUUUUCCAUUUCUACAUGUAUGUUCUAUAGAUAUGCUGAAUGAUACAGAAGACCUGGUUUUGGUCCGUUGGACGAAAACCGGAAAAAAGAAUGUGGUGGCUGUUCAGGAUUUAGAGGAGAUAGAUGGAGUGUGGGUUGGGUCAAGAUGUACAAUGAAGUGGAGACGGCAAAGCUGGAAGGGUACCAUUCUGGCUGUUGAAGACCGGAGAGAGGCUGAGCCAGAGAAAGAGAAUGACUACAGCGACAGCAGCGACAGUGAUGAUGACAAUAUGCCUUUAGCUGUCCUUGCUAAAAGAUCUGUGAACCAAUGUUCUACUAAAUAUGUCGCGCAGCAUUGUGGGCAUCCAUCGUGUUUUGUUGAAGUAUGGGCUGCAUGUGUCCGUUGCCAUACACUUUUGUGUCAUGGGCAUUGGAUGGGGGAUGACCCAUGUGGCUCACAUUCAUACUUUAAUGAAACGGUACCUAUCCCAGAGCAACACAAUGACGAGAAGAUCAUCUAUCAUUGUAUGCAGACCAUCAAGGACUGGGACUGUGCAGGUACUUCAACUCAGCCAUACAACGAAGACAUGGAGGAAAGAAGGCAGGACACUGACGAUGAAUGUGCUGACAGUGCAGCGCAGUCAAAAACCCACACAAACCAGGACUGGGACUGUGCAGGCACUUCACCUCAGCCAUACAACGAAGACAUGGAGGAAAGAAGGCAGGACACUGACGAUGAAUGUGCUGACAGUGCAGCGCAGUCAAAAACCCACACAAACCAGGACUGGGACUGUGCAGGUACUUCAACUCAGCCAUACAACGAAGACAUGGAGGAAAGAAGGCAGGACACUGACGAUGAAUGUGCUGACAGUGCAGCGCAGUCAAAAACCCACACAAACCAGGACUGGGACUGUGCAGGCACUUCACCUCAGCCAUACAACGAAGACAUGGAGGAAAGAAGGCAGGACACUGACGAUGAAUGUGCUGACAGUGCAGCGCAGUCAAAAACCCACACAAACCAGGACUGGGACUGUGCAGGUACUUCACCUCAGCCAGACAACGAAGACAUGGAGGAAAGAAGGCAGGACACUGACGAUGAAUGUGCAGACAGUGCAGCGGAGAUAUCCAACGACGACACCAAUGAAAACACACAGGCCAUUGACGACGACUGUGCAGUUAGUGCAGCGCAGUCGAACACCCACACAAACCAGGUAAGUCAGUUUAAGGCCUCUAACUUUUUAAGUUCCCAGAACUUACAUGAUAAAUGAAUAAAGACCAACAUCCUAAACCACCCAGAAGCUUCCAAGACAAACCAGGUAAGUCAGUUUAAGGCCAACAUCCUUUAGGUUCCCUGACCUUACUGUACAUGAAACAUGAAGAUAAACAUCCACAAACCAAUAGUAAUUAGCUUCCAAGAUGACCCAGGUAAGUCAAUUAAAGCAAAUAACCUUAAAGUUCCCAGACAUUACAUGAUUAUAUGAAUGAAGGCAACCAUCU